GCUGCCGACGGGGCCACCCUCCCGCUGACGGGCGCGCAGCUCGAGCAGGACGACGCCCUCUUCGAGCACCUCAUGCAGCAGGUGGGCGAGAAGGGCCCCUUCCAGCAGCGCUUCAACCUGCUCUUCAACCUCGUCUUCACCGUCUUCAUCUCGAUGCCCUACCUCAACAUCGUCAUGGCCAUGGCCGUGCCCGGACAUUGGUGCUACGUGCCCGGACGGGAGCACUCCAACUACACCAUCGACCAAUGGAAGGAGCUAACGAUUCCCAGGGACGCCACCGAGGACGACGGUUUCAGCAAGUGCCUGAUGUACAACGCGAGUUCCCCAGUGAACCCCUCGCCCCUGCCGGACGGGCUGGCGGCGUCUGCGAACGAAAGCGUGGGCGGUGGUAGCUACGGAGCGGGGGUGGUAGGCUGCCAAAAUGGCUGGGAGUACGACAAAACAUGGUAUACGUUAACGGCACCAUCCCAAGAAAACUGGGUCUGCAACGACAGCAUCUACGUCUCCAAUGUGUUUGCCUUUAGCAGGGCAGGGGAUGUCCUGGGAUCUUUUGUUUUCGGGCAACUCGGAGAUUCGAUCGGACGGCGGCCCGUGUUCUUCGUGACGCUGCUGCUGCUGGUGGUUGGGCGCGGGCUGGCGGUGGUCACCGCCGGCAUCUACCCGCUCUUCCUCAUCAUGGCCGUGGUGGGCAGCGUGCCCUCCUCCGCUGCCUUCCAGUCGCCCUUCACUGUCGGCAUGGAGGUAUCUGCGGGCGACAAGCGAGGCCACAUCGCCAUGCUGCAGUGCCUGGGCUGGACCUUGGGCAUCUGCGCCGUGCCGCUGCUCGCGUGGGCCUUCACCCACUGGGUGACGCUCAUGCUCAUCACCACGCUGCCCUGCGUGCCCUUCAUCUUCCUGCACAAGAAGGCGACGAAACAGCCAACCACGCUGCAUUGCCAGGCGCGCGCCGUUGCUUGCAGGCUGUUCACGGAGUCGCCGCGCUGGCUGGCGUCGCGCGGGGAGACGGGGCGCUGUCGCGAGGUGCUGGAGUACAUCGCGCGCGUCAAUGGCACGCAGCUGCCGCCCGAGACGGACGCCGUGCUGGAGCGCAUCGCGGGCCAGCGCGAGAAGUCCUUCGGCCUCGCCAGCCUCUUCUCCAGCCGCCGCCUCGCCGUCGUCACCGUGCUCAUCUCCUACAGCUGGUUUAUCAACUCGGUGACGUAUUACACGCUGAUGCUGCACGUGAAUUCUCUGUCCGGCAACCCGUUUCUCAACUACCUCUGGCAGUCGCUGGUGGAGCUGCCCGGUUAUAUCAUCGGCCAGUGGGCGUGCGAUCGCUACGGCCGGCGCUGGUCGCAAGCAGUCUGCUUCCUGUUGCUCACUUUCGCCUACCUAGGACUGGUAGGCACAGUUGCAAAUGUGGAAUAUUCACUCGAGACGACACUGCUCGUGGUGUUUGCAAAGUUCUGCGUGACCAUCACGUUCUACGUCAUCUACCUGCAGUGCAUGGAGAUCUACCCCACGUGCGGUGAGUACGACGCGCGCUUCCCGCACGCGAUGAUGAGCGUGCUGGCGGCAUCGGGGGCCCUGGCGUGCUCCUUCCUGCCCGAGACGCUGCACCAGCAGCUGCCCGAAACGCUGGCGGACGCGCACCGCUUCGGCACCGACCAGCGCUACUGGCAGUUCCGCUACCGCCCGCGCCCGAGCGCGCGCGACGCCCCGGAGAAGAAGCCGCCGCACGCCCACAAGGAAGGCGUGUCCUAACGGCGAAGCCUCCGGCGAGAGCUGUUCCUCGCAGCCCCGUUUUCACCCCACCCCCGCCCCCACGUUUUCGUCUUGACCAACGAAAUGCGAGUGGUAGUGCCCCAGGACUGUGUUGUGAGUCGUGUGACAAAUCAUUACCCCCGCCGUAGCUUCUGCGAUGCAAGAAGAUAUUGUUGAUUAUGAUGUUAUUUGUUCGAAACACUAGAACUAACAACGAAAUCGCUAUUUGUUGAUGAUUCUCUUAGACAGAACGUAGUGAAGACGUCCUCUUGAAAAAACUGAUGAUUAGGUUCCCUUACAGAAAAAAGGAGCCUUCCGGUAAGAAGUGAAUUAAUCUCGUCUAAACAAGACAGAGAUCCGUGCAAAAUAAAGAACAAUUUUCAAUUAAGAUUUUUGUUUGAUAUAAAUAUGAUUUUUAAAAAGCAGUAAUAAAACAGAUGUAUCAGAGCGUACGACCCUGCUUGGAGACCUUUGUGACAAAGUGAAAAAAAAUAUUUAAUACUGACAUUCUCCAAGAUAUGACGGACGUCGCAAAGUGAAAACAAUACCAUUACUAACCAAAAACGAAUUAAAAAACGGUGACCGAACUAUGCUGUGUUUUUUCACAUCCAAUUUUCAUAGAAAAUAGUAUCAAAUUGUACAACUAACCUCAUUAAAAAUGUAUAAACAAAUUGCAGAAAUACACAUAAAUUCAUAAAUUCCUUAAUUCCCAAAACGUACACAAAAGAAUAAUCCCAACACCCAAGACUCUGUAACUAUUACAUUACAAAACCAUAAAUAUCAGAUACCAUUUAUAAAACCAAGAAAGUAAUGAAUCACCAUAAACUAAAAAAAAGUUAAUUAAAAAUUAUGCUUUGAUAAUCCCAAAAGUAUCAAGAACUAGAUAUAUUUUAGAGAUAUAAUGUGCCCAUACAUUACAAAAAAAGUAUUGAUCUUGUUCUUAAGCCGGUAAAAAUACUCUAAUCACCUUCCUUCGUAUAUUAACAAAUUAUGCAAAAAAACAAAGAAACCUCUCAUAAGGUCGGGGCAAUAAAUUUAUAUUGUAUCUGCAUCCCAAUGUAGAAUUCACAUUACAAAUAUAUCAUUACGUAUUUUAAUGAUAAAUAUUAAAAGGUAC